AUGGCAAAGGUGAUGCUGGCAGCCGCCUCUGCAGACUCCAACUCCAGCACCAUGAACGUGUCCUUUGCACACCUCCACUUUGCCGGAGGGUACCUGCCCUCUGACUCCAAGGACUGGAGGACCGUAGUCCCGGCUCUCCUGGUGGCUGUCUGCCUGGUGGGCUUCGUGGGGAACCUGUGUGUGAUUGGCAUCCUCCUUCACAGUGCUUGGAAAGGAAAGCCAUCCCUGAUCCACUCCAUGAUUCUGAAUCUCAGCCUGGCGGAUCUCUCUCUCCUGCUGUUUUCUGCGCCUGUCCGAGCUGCAGCGUACUCCAGAGGUGUUUGGGAUCUAGGCUGGUUUGUCUGCAAGUCCUCUGACUGGUUCGUCCACACGUGCAUGGCAGCCAAGAGCCUGACCAUCGUUGCAGUGGCCAAAGUAUGCUUCAUGUAUGCAAGCGACCCAGCCAAGCAAGUGAGUAUCCACAGCUGCACCAUCUGGUCAGUGCUGGUGGCCAUCUGGGCUGUGGCUAGCCUGCUUCCCCUGCCAGAAUGCCUCUUCACCACCACCAGGCUCCACGCGGGAGUGGAAAUGUGCCUCGUGGAUGUACCUGCUGCAGCCAAGGUGUUCCUGUCCGUGUUUGGUAAGCUCUACCCUCUCCUGGUAUUUUUCCUCCCGUUACUCUUGGCCAGCUUUUAUUUCUGGAGAGCUUACGGCCGAUGUCAAAAACGAGGAACUAAGACUCAAAAUCUUAGAAACCAGAUGCGCUCAAAGCAACUCACGGUGAUGUUGCUGAGCAUUGCCAUCACCUCGGCUGUCCUGUGGCUCCCUGCGUGGAUAGCUUGGCUGUGGGUAUGGCACCCGAAGGCUGGAGGCGCAGCCCCACCACAGGGUUUUAUAGCCCUGUCUCAAGUCCUGAUGUUUUCCAUCUCUUCAGCAAAUCCUCUCAUUUUCCUAGUGAUGUCAGGGGAGUUCAAGGAAGGCGUGAAAGGCUUAUGGAAAUGGAUGAUAACCAAAAGGCAUGCAGCUGCCUCAGGGGCUCAGGAAUCACCAGCUGGUAACUCAGAGGUCCUUCCUGACAAUGUUCCCUCUCCAGAGUCCCCAGUAUCCAUACCAGAGAAAGAGAAAACUGGCUCUCCCUCCUCCAGAAAAGAGAAAACUGAGAAGGCAGAGAUUCCCAUCCUCCCCGAUGUAGAGCAGUUUUGGCACGAGAGGGACACAAACCCUAAUGUGCAAGACAAUGACCCUAUUCCCUGGGAACAUGAAGAUCAAGAGACUGUGAUACAUGACUAA